AUGAGGCUUUUGCUUGUUUCUUUCUUGGCGGCGUCGGCGGCAGCUUUUUCGAUCAACGGUCCGGAAAAGCAGUCCAAGACGGCGCUUCAUUACUACCGAGCCCACUCGCGAUUUGACGUCCCCGAGCAGGGACCGAUUCAAGUGGAGAAGCAAGGCCCAGCGGUGUUACAAGGAGGAGCUGAAAUUGAUUGGGCUCUUGGUCCCGAGAUCCCUACCUCCGAGGCCGACGCCGACUCGGCCCACUUGCCACCCCAGUUUGAUGUGAGCCAGCAAGGAUCCAUCUUGGUGGAAAAGAGCGGUGUUGCUGCGCUUCAGGGUGGUGCGGAGAUUGAUUACUUUCUCGGACCACCCAUCCCUGAUGGGGAACAAUCCUCGUACUACAUGGAGCCCAAGUUUGAUAUCCCCGCGCAAGGAUCCAUCAUGAUGGACAAACACGGCGUCACGCAAGUCCAGGGUGGAGCUGUCGUGGAUUGGGGAUUGCCUCGGAUGGCAUGCAUGGCAGUUAAAGAGACGCUGAUCUAUCCUUUGGUUGAGCAAGCCAAGAAUAAGUGCACGGAUAAGAACAAGCAUUAA